AUGCGAUAUGAGUUCCUACCGCCGUAUUUGCCAGACCUCAACCCCAUCGAGUUGGCAUUUUCAGCCAUCAAGGCUUGUAUUCGACGAAUCGGGGCACUGAUCAUUCCGGCAACGACAGAUGAUGACGAUACGGAGGUGUAUGUCCGCCUACAUGAAGCUGUUCACUCGGUUUCCGCAUCUGAUGCACACGGGUGGUAUCGACAUUGCGGUUACAUUUAG